UCGAGGCCUGAAGACAUCGAGACAGCGCCCUGGGACUUCCGACCCCCGUCCCUUGUCAGGGCCAGGUCCGAACGGCCCAGUGGCGGCACCCGUUACCCUGGCAAGGUCGGGUGAGCAGAGCCUCCCCUAGGUCCCUUAGCGGAGGAAUUCCCGAUAGCAGAAUAUAGUGUGAGGGCACACUAAGUGUGAGGACGUAUCCUCUAGUCUAGGCUAUCGGGUGGGAGAGGCCGUUACCUCUCCGUGUUAGGGACGCUCUUAGUCGUUACAAAGGGAAGUCUCUGCCGACUUAGUCAGCACUACACAUGUCGACGCGGGGGCAACACAAGUCUUGCCGCCUAGUGACGGCAUCCCAGCGCCUCAUGGGAGACGCGUGCCAACUCCACCAAUGACGAUCACGCUGCCCUCAAUUAUGGUCGUUCGGAGUUCUAAUAGCAACGUGUUCUUAUCGUUUAACACAGUUUGACGCAGUCCACAUUGUCAUCAAUUAUCCGUUUUAAUAAUCUCAGUUCAUGUCACCUGCUCUGAUAUACAGUGGCAAAAUGUUGGUCAAUCUACUGCUGUCAAAACACAGUGAUUAAAUACCUCUGGUGUACCUGUUUACAAUGCUGGGUGGUCAUUGGUUCAACUGCCGCUCGGAGAGAUCGAACCCGAAGACCUCUGCAUUACUCAUCCAGUGAGCAAACUUUGACACCACUGCAGAUCCACGUACAUGUGUACAUAUCAGUCAAAUCUUGCAGUGAAACGCGGGUAUCUCAUUUGCGUACAAUAAUUACAGCACGGGUUGUGGUGUCGGAUGCUCGUGACGAUGUAGAUUUAAUUUAAUUCGUCCCCGUGCAAACUCCUCCACUCCCUCCAUCAAGCGCCCGCUUGAUGACAAUGUCGGGGCCGCUUGGCACGUGCCUCCCAGUCCAUUGUCUGUUGAUGUUGUUGCUGCUGUGCUCUGGCAUCACGGACUUCCCUUGUAAAUUAGCCGGAAAACAAGAUAAGCAGGACCAAUCAAAAAAAUUAUCACUCAAUCGCACAAUGAGAGCGAGCAGGUGUGAGAGGUGACGUCACUGGCCACCCUGCAUAAAAGCCGCAGCGGGAGGGGGCAACAGUCGUCGUUGAAGCCGCGGACGUCUUUUUCAGAUUUCUCUUGCGUACUGACUCGACCGUGCAUCUCUUGUGAAGAUGAGCGACCUCCAUGCAGCCACCCUGAAGCUCCUGUCCACCUUUAAUGAACUCGCCCGCGACAGUGCUGUGAAAGAUUGUCUGAAGAAGGAAACCUUCAGGAACUUCCUGAAGGGGGAUAAGGGCAAGAGUCUGAUCCAGAAUCCCGUGGAUGGGUUCGUGGUGAGCCGCAUCCUGAGGGACCUUGGUGAUGACAAAGAUGGGCAAGUCGACUUCCUCGAGUUCGUGAUCACGAUCGCCGCCUUGAAGUUCUGCUGCCACCCGAACUUCCGAGCGCACCACGAGCGGAAUGGCAGGAUCCACGCUGUGUCUGCAUUCCAAGUGUAACGCGGCUGUUGCAUGAUACGAAUAAUAUGAAAUAAACCGUGUGAUAACAUCAACGUGGCGUGCUUGUGACCUUGAUACUCUAGGUCAGGGGUCGGCAACCUACGGGUCCGGAGCCGCAUGCGGCUCUUUACGGGCUGCUUCUUGACGGUAUGUGCUCAGAUGCGUUGCGGCUCUUGAAAUACUGAAUUUUGUACCGAAUUGGAAAGAAAUGGCUCUUGUUAUUUUGGUUGCCGACCCCUGCUCUAGGUAUAAAAACACGCGCAGUGGUUAUCCAUGCACGGUCCUUUUGAAAUGUCCAGGAUGAGUAGUGAUAUGUAGUGUGCCAAGACUCUUUUCCUGCUUGCAGUUCUGGUUUCAUAACUGGAAAGAUUAAUAUAGCUGUGCAGCACUACAUACCGUAGGCUAGGCUUCACUAUUAAUUUUCAUACCUUCGUUAACACUCCCUGCGCAUUUGUGUGGGAUGGAACUUUUGAUUAGCACGUUAUCUGGAUUGCUCAUUUACGUAUACUUAUUACAGCAGGAGUUGUCGGCUGCGAGUGACGAUGUAAAUUUAAUUCGUCCCCAUGCAAACUCCUCCCCUCCAAGCGCCCGCUUUAACAAUGCUUGGCACGCGCCUCCCAGUUCAUUGUCUGUUGCUGUGCUCUGGCAUCACGGACUUCCCUUGUAAAUUAGCUGGGAAACUGCAUAAACGGGACAAAUCGCACCGUGAGAGCGAGCAGGUGUGAGUGGUGAUGUCACUGGCCGAGCUUCAUUAAAGCCGCAAAGGGGGGGAGGAGGCAGCAGUCGUCGAAGCUGCAGACGUGGUGUUGCAGGUGCUUUCGCUUCUUACUAUAGAUAUCCGUGGAGAGGCAGGAACCCUGGCUGUCGGGCCAGGGGUUGCCUUGCCAACCUCGAGUGGUUUUGGAGACCUGCCGUGACGAGCGAAGAAGACCAGUUCAUGUCGACAGCUGCGGAGGUGGGAACUGCCGCCACUCGACCAACUGGAGGACUGGGGUCCGUUAAGGAGAGCGAUGUGGCGCAGGCGUCAACCUCGAGUUCGUGAUCACGAUCGCGGCCUUGAAAUUCUGCUGCCACCCGAACUUCCAAGCUGAAUGG